CACCGUGUCAGCCGUGGGGAACUGGAGGCCGGCGCUGCUUUCCCCGCUGGCCGCAGCGUACCUGGUGCUGGCGGCGGCCUCCCGUCACCGCGCGGUCCGACACAGCCGUGGCUCGCGGCCCGCGGCCAGAGCCGGUGACGGAGCGCAGGGCCGAGAGGGAGGCGGCCGGUUCCGAGGUGUGUGAGGACGAGGACAUCUGUGUCAUUAUGUGUGCGGCAGUCAAGUCCAAUAUUCGGGGUCCCGCCCUCAUUCCAAGGAUGAAGACCAAGCACCGGAUCUACUACAUCACCCUGUUCUCCAUCGUCCUCCUGGGCCUCAUCGCCACGGGCAUGUUUCAGUUCUGGCCUCACUCCAUUGAAUCCUCCAGUGACGGGGGUGUGGAGAAACGCAGUAUCCGGGAAGUGCCCGUGGUCAGGCUGCCCGCUGACAGUCCCAUCCCUGAGCGCGGGGAUCUCAGCUGUAGAAUGCACACGUGUUUCGAUGUCUACCGCUGCGGCUUCAACCCAAAGAACAAAAUCAAGGUGUACAUCUACCCCCUCAAAAAGUAUGUGGAUGACGCCGGUGUUCCGGUGAGCAGCGCCAUUUCCCGGGAGUACAACGAACUGCUGACGGCCAUCUCAGACAGCGACUACUACACAGACGACAUCAGCCGGGCCUGUCUGUUUGUCCCCUCCAUUGAUGUGCUGAACCAGAACCCCCUUCGAAUCAAGGAGACGGCGCAGGCUCUGGCCCAGCUUUCCAGGUGGGAUCGAGGGACAAAUCACCUGCUGUUCAACAUGUUGCCUGGAGGUCCUCCAGAUUACAACACUGCCCUGGAUGUCCCCAGAGACAGGGCACUGCUGGCUGGCGGCGGCUUUUCUACCUGGACUUACCGGCAGGGCUACGAUGUCAGCAUUCCUGUUUUCAGCCCUCUGUCAGCGGAGAUGGCUCUCCCUGAGAAAGCACCAGGUCCUCGGCGGUACUUCCUGCUCUCCUCUCAGAUGGCCAUCCACCCUGAGUACAGAGAGGAACUAGAAGCCCUCCAGGCCAAACACAAAGAGUCGGUGUUAGUCCUAGACAAAUGCACCAAUCUCUCGGAGGGUGUCCUCUCUGUGCGAAAGCGCUGCCAUCAGCACCAGGUCUUCGAUUACCCCCAAGUGCUGCAGGAGGCUACUUUUUGUAUGGUCCUUCGAGGAGCUCGGCUAGGCCAGGCGGUACUGAGCGAUGUUCUACAGGCCAGCUGUGUCCCAGUUGUCAUUGCAGACUCUUAUAUUCUGCCUUUCUCUGAAGUUCUGGACUGGAAGAGGGCAUCUGUGGUCGUGCCAGAGGAAAAGAUGUCCGAUGUGUACAGCAUUCUGCAGAACAUCCCACAAAGGCAGAUUGAAGAGAUGCAGAGACAGGCACGAUGGUUCUGGGAGGCAUACUUCCAGUCAAUUAAAGCCAUCGCCCUGGCCACCCUACAGAUCAUCAAUGACAGGAUCUAUCCAUAUGCAGCCAUCUCCUAUGAAGAGUGGAAUGACCCUCCUACUGUGAAGUGGGCUAGUGUGAGCAACCCGCUCUUCCUCCCGCUGAUCCCACCACAGUCACAAGGCUUCACUGCCAUUGUCCUCACCUACGACCGCGUGGAGAGCCUCUUCCGGGUCAUCACCGAAGUGUCCAAGGUGCCCAGUCUGUCCAAGCUGCUGGUGGUCUGGAAUAAUCAGAAUAAAAACCCUCCAGAAGAAUCUCUGUGGCCCAAAAUCCGUGUUCCCCUGAAGGUUGUGAGGACUGCCGAAAACAAGCUAAGUAAUCGUUUCUUCCCUUACGAUGAAAUUGAGACAGAGGCUGUGCUGGCCAUCGAUGAUGACAUCAUCAUGCUGACCUCUGAUGAGCUGCAGUUUGGUUAUGAGGUCUGGCGGGAAUUUCCUGACCGGCUGGUGGGCUACCCAGGCCGCCUGCAUCUCUGGGACCAUGAGAUGAACAAGUGGAAGUAUGAGUCUGAGUGGACCAAUGAGGUGUCCAUGGUGCUCACGGGUGCAGCCUUCUAUCACAAGUAUUUUAAUUACCUGUACACCUACAAAAUGCCUGGGGACAUCAAGAACUGGGUGGAUGCUCACAUGAACUGUGAAGAUAUUGCCAUGAAUUUUCUGGUGGCCAAUGUCACAGGGAAGGCGGUCAUCAAGGUAACCCCAAGAAAGAAGUUCAAGUGUCCUGAGUGCACGGCCAUCGACGGGCUCUCCCUAGAUCAGACUCACAUGGUAGAAAGGUCUGAGUGCAUUAACAAGUUUGCCUCCGUCUUCGGAACGAUGCCCCUCAAGGUGGUGGAGCACCGAGCGGACCCUGUACUCUACAAAGAUGACUUCCCAGAGAAACUGAAGAGCUUCCCCAACAUCGGCAGUUUAUGAAGCUUGCCGCCUCCCAGGGCUGUGGAGGAGCCCUACAACACUCACUACGGGGGCAAGGGAGGCCAGCCUGGGUCAGACUUCCCCAAACACACUGGAGCUUACUGAGCUACACAGCCUGCUUUGUCCUCCCAUCGCCAUGGACUCUGUGAAAAUGCCAAAGGAAGGAAGCCUCAGGGAGAAACUGCAGCUUGGAGCCCAGCACAUCGCUCGCUCGUGGCCUGGUGACCAGUUCACCAUCUCACUGACCCUACAACUGCCUUAGAGGGGUCAGCUGUCCAGUUUUAGAUUCCAGGAGUCACAGCAGAGGCAUGCAGUCAUUUUGCAUCCGCAGACUCUGGAGAAAGCAAACCUAAAGUGUGCUACAGAUCCCAAUACCUCUGAGGGCUGGAACUGAGCUUGGGACCCGAGCCACGAGCCCAGGUACACAGCAGAGCACAGGCUGCCAAGAUGUAUCCUGACAGUCCCUGAUCAAGUCUUUGUUUUGGCUUUUUGAUAUGAUUAAAAUUAUUUUUUACUCCUUUUU